UAUUAACCAAACACAGAGGAAGAUAUUGUGCAUGCAAUGGAGACUCAAGGUGUUCAGCUGCUGCUGCUGUUGUGUGCUGUGUCCACCUGCUGGGGACAAGUCUACCUGACUCUGGGAUCUGGUCCUAAUAUCACCACUGACAAUACUGAGAUCUUUAUCACUGACAUUGGAGAGGAUGGUGGUCUCCCUUCUCUCACCUGUCACACUGACCUCACUACUUGCUGUAGAAGUGUUGCUGACAACAAUGGUAAUGGUAGACUAGGACAGUGGGUGUAUCCUGAUGGGAGUGUGGUACUGAGGAAUGGUUCCUCAUUGACUGUUGGACAGCAGUUCUACAUUAUAAGGAAUGAUGCUCAACUCAUCAGACUGGCUCGUAGAGAGACUACCAACCCUCUCAUUCCAACCGGGUCCUACUGUUGUACUGUACCAACUAAUGGAGGAGAGAUUACCCUCUGUGCUAACCUGGUUUCUCCAAUCCCAUGUUCUGAUAAUCUCCCGACCAUCUCUAAUGGAGCCAUAACCUAUACUGCUGGAUCCACUAAUAACAGAUCAGUGGGUGCUACAGCUACUUACAUGUGGUGCUUUAUAAUCCCUACACUCUGGUUGGAAUGUCAGUGAGGACUUGUGGGAGUGAUGGAGAGUGGAGCUCAUCACUAGCUCCAGUGUGUCAGCUGAUAACCUGCUCUGACCUACCCUCAUUGACAAAUGGGGACACUGACUAUGGUGUUGCUGGAUCCACUGACAGCAGACCAGUGGACACCGUGGCCACCUACACUUGUAACCCUGGCUUCACUCUCAAUGGAGACACCACCAGGACUUGUGGGAGUGAUGGAGUGUGGAGUGGGUUAGCUCCAACUUGUCAGCGACCUUGUUCUGAUUUAUCACCACUAAUGAAUGGAGUCAUUACCUACACUGGUGGACUUGUUGACAGCAGACCUAUUAAUACUUUUGCUACCUUUACUUGUGACAAUAGCUACACUCUCACUGGAGUGAUUUUUAGGGUAUUUUGUCAGAAUGAUGGUACCUGGAGUGGAACAACUCCAACCUGUCAAUUACCUCCGAUCUACGUUUCCAUGGGAACCACCAACUAUGAUGUUAUGAACUCACAGGUUGCCAUAGACACCAUUGGAGAUACCACUGAGACAGCAUUGACUUGCAGAACUGACUAAACUAUUUGCUGUACGGGACAAGAUAAUCCCAAUAGUGCCAAGGGAUUAGGAUAUUGGCUACUACCGAAUGGAACAGUUGUCACUAGGAGUCCAGACAUUACUGAUUCAGACACAGAUCUACUGUACAGUGUUGGAGCACUCAGACUCCAUCGUCGAGGGUCUGUGUCAGCCCCCACUGGCUCCUACAGCUGUGUGAUUCCUGCUAGGAGUGGAGAGGUCACUUUCUGUGUGCAGUUAGUGACUGGAGUCAUUACUACCUCUCCUCCCACUACAACCUCUACUGAUGACAGCUGUUUCUGUCAGUUUGACAACACUGGUGCUGUGGUGGGAGGAGUGGUGGCCCUGGUAGCAGUGGUGGCUAUAGUAACUGGUGUAGUGAUGGUGACCUACCUAGUGCUCCGGUACAAGAGAGGAGGGAAAAUGACUGUUCCUCGAGAUAUCUCCCUUACUGACCAGGGUCAAAGUGUAAAAACUACCUACGAGACCGUCCCUGCCACUUAUGAAGAGAUCCCAGCCUCCGAAAAGGUCAAAGGUGACUACAGCUACACACAGAACAAUGCCUACUCGACUGUGAGUGGGCGUGAGGCUCCUGCUGUUGGAGGAAUAUACGAUAACUGAACUAUCACAUGACUCAAGUAGAUAAUAAUUGUUUAGAUAGCAGAUAUACGUACUUCAUCAUGAUCAGCCCCUCUCCUUUUUUUCAUCCGCAAAAAAUUAA